AUGGCACAACCGUACGUCUACACAGUCUACAGAGGCACAUUUAUUCAAACAUCGUGUCCCCCCGACUCGAGCACCAGCCCACGUACAGAACUUGUUCGCAAUCGUGGCGCACUGUGGGUGUCUACGGCAGAUGGUCGUAUCAAAGGUUCGGACUGGCAAGCCCACGAUGAUCAAGGAUUCAGAGCUCUGAUGAGUCGAAUGAACUGGAUUGAUGUGGAUGCCUCAACCACAAAUGGCUUUCAUGUAGAAGAGAUCAAGGUCAAGAUUGUGCGCGCAAGCGAGGGGCGAAAUGAGUUUUUCUUCCCUGGAUUUAUAGAUACACACAUUCACGCCCCUCAAUUUCCUAACGUGGGAUUGUUCGGUUCAUCCACACUGCUAGAUUGGCUAGAAAAGUACACGUUCCCGGUAGAGUCCAAAUUUGGCUUUCAGGCGGACCAACUCCAAGGAAAAAACACCUUACCGGAGAGUACACCAGCGUCUGCGUUGCGAAUCUAUGAUCAAGUCGUGGCGCGUACGCUAUCUCAUGGAACAACGUGUGCAUCCUAUUUUGCCACCAUCCAUGUCCCCGCAACAAAUGCCCUUGCAGCACUCUGUCAUUCACGAGGACAACGGGCGUUCAUCGGGCGUGUCUGCAUGGAUAAUCCAGACUUUUGCCCCUCUUAUUACAAGGACAUUUCAGCCGAGGACUCCUUAAGUGCCAGUAGAUCAACCAUCGACUACAUACAUCGCCUUGAUCCCAAGGGGGUCUUGGUGAAGCCCAUUCUCACACCGCGAUUCGCGCCCACAUGCACCCGAGCUGCAUUAGAGGGCCUGGGAAAAAUGGCCGCUGAAUUCAACCCGCCUUUACACAUCCAGACGCACAUCUCUGAGAACACAAAUGAAAUUGCCUUGGUCAAGGAAUUGUUCCCUGAGGCCGAUAGCUAUGCAGCAGUCUACGACAGAUACGACUUGCUCACCAAGCGGACUAUUCUCGCGCAUGCGGUGCAUCUCACCCCCGAAGAGCGGCAGCUCGUUCGACAACGGGACGCCAAAAUCUCACACUGUCCGGCAUCGAACUCGGCUUUGGGCUCCGGCAUUGCUCCUGUCCGUACAUUCCUCGACGACGGCAUUAAGGUCGGACUAGGCACCGAUGUCAGUGGUGGCUAUAGCCCCAGCAUCCUGGAAGCCGUCCGCCAGACCUGUCUGGUAUCCCGAUUGCUAGGACACACGGCUUCAUUCAAGCAAAGCAAGACCGAGCAAGUGCAAGAGAAUGGCCACGCCGACAAGAAACCGUCCUUGGACCGCGAAAAACUGAGCGUGGAGGAAAGUCUUUACCUGGCCACUCGCGGCGGAGCAGCCGUAGUCGACAUGGCCGCCGAUUUGGGCGGCUUUGACGAGGGCAUGAUCUGGGACGCACAGCUCAUUGAGCUUGGAAGCGUGCAAGAUGUUACGCAAAGUCCGCUUUCCCAACAAAACAACGGUGUUUGCAGUCUCAUCAAAUCUGGGCCGGUGGGUAAUGUGGAUCUUUUCGAAACGGAGACUUGGGAAGAGAAGAUUCACAAAUGGGUUUGGAGUGGUGAUGACCGCAAUGUCAAGGCAGUUUGGGUCGGAGGCCGACUUGUUCAUUCGAGGUCAUAA